CUUUGUGGUCUUUAUAAAGUCAAGGUCGUUGAUGUCCCAACAUUCAAAUCUUUUGAGAGGAUUCGUUAAAUCAAGCUCAUCUCAUAUCACCUAUGUCUGAUGCAAGUAGUAAAAAACGUCCUGUAGAAACAAGCAUCCUUGACUACGUUUUAUCCUUUCAUGGGUCAAAUUGCAAGAAUCGAGCUUCGUUUAUAGCUCUUUUGGUCCACUCAGAACUUUUAUCGCGUGGAGCAAGACCCACAGAAGCUACCGCGCGAACUGCAGUACUUAGUUCGUCCUGUCUUGCUGAAGAUCCUAUUCGAAUGUCAUACGCGUUGAUAUCUAGAUCAAAGUCCGACACGUUAUCAACACCGUGCACCCAACUGCAAGUCUCAGUAGCCGAAACAGACGCUCACAUUUUUGUUAAUGUAACAGACACAACUACUGAUAAAUUUGGACAUUUGGAACUUUCUGGAAUCGAACAUGUUUGUCUUGAUAGCGUCGAUAAUUCGACUUACGGAGAUGCUAAUAUCGUAUUCCCCCAAUUAGACGAACUGCUGGACUCCUUUGAGGAAAAUCUAUGGAAACCUGUCCUCCCACCACCUCUUUCCUGCCGUCCAUCUGAAACUGAUAAGAAUGAACCUCGACCAAGCAAUGAUGAUUUCCAUAACCAAUGAUAUUGCACAUAUAUUCUUUGACUUCCUAGAAUAAGACAAACAUGCUCUGAAGUCCUUGGAAUAAAAUGGGUGUAAUACAUAGUAUGUGGAGUUAACAGAUUCUUGACAGAAUAGAAUAACCACCCACUGAUUUCAGGUAGUAAUAGUUAUGUUAGACUGUGAAUUAACCAAACUUGGGAUUUCUGACCACAUAAUUUAAACCUACUAACCUAAUAGUAUUCUAUUUUCUGCAAGACUUGAAGGUUCUAGGUUCUAUCUUGAUUUUUCGGUCCGAAAUUUCAAAGAGUCGAGCCAGAGCAAAACAUCCCUUCGGUGCUCUUUAUUUCCCAAUCUUCAGCUAAUGUUGACCUACAACACAGCGAUUCCAAAAGUCUGAGAAAUGCUAUUUCUCACCCUUCAAUUUCGGUCGUUGUAAUUUCAGUUAGUUCAUUGUACUGUUUUUUGUCUAGGAAUUCAUACUGUGACAUUUAUCUUGAUGCUAUUAAACAGCAACAUAAUUCUGUAUAGACUUUUUUAUGAUCUAUGGAAAGAUUAGUUAUGAUUUUAAACUAACAAGUUUGUUGAACAUCAAGCAGGAGGAUUAUAUUUGUAAAAAAUUCAGCAAUCGAAUUUUAAGUAAAUCCAAUGUUGUCCAAAUUUAAACGAAGGUUCUUAUAAACACGUUGUCUCCUACAGGCACAAGUAAUUGAACGACAUGCAUUGUAAACAAAAAACAUAUAAUUAGUGAUCAGUCACUUUUUGAAGGAUAAUAGUGAUCAGUUUACUACAUUUUUGUGCUCACAAUGUCCAUAAUAUGAUUACAGUCUUUUUAAUUCAACUAACGUCAUAGCUUAAAUUAUACACUUCUUGAUAGUAUUGUUCAGUUACCUGAGUUAACAAUGCUUAAAUAUUCCUUUCCGAGCUUUCUUUGUGAAUUAAACGAACUGAUGGUUACACAUUACUGUACAUUAUUUUCGACAGUAUCACAAGCAUAGUUCUCAGAUAGUCUGAUUUCUACCAAGGUGGACAUGUGAAUACUGUUUGUGCUUUCAUAGAGUUUGAUACCCUAAACGCGUAUUUACAGUCCUCAUAUUUCUUAAGAACAACCAAACCUUGACCACCCUGCUAUUGUACAUUUUGCUCUGAUGAUUUUAGUAUGUCACCAUAGGCUAACACAUGUGUGUCUGACUCUAUGUGGAUUAUGACAAACUAAUUGCGUCUAAUUGCUGAUCAGGAUGGCCCUAGUUGUUCAUAUUAAAACAGAUCCUUUAAGUUAGCAUUAUAGAGAAAUCCCACUGUUUUCUUCGUUAAAAUUAAACUUAUCAUCCGAACAUCAUUUACUCUAUCCGGUUUUAUUUUUACGAACCAUAUUUCAUACACAUAGCUAUCUUUAACACGUACAUUAACCCUACGUUCGACUACACUGUCUACUUCAGUGUAUGCAGCCGGGUACUUCCAUGAGCUCUCACACAAAAGUCGUGGCUGAUAAUACGGUUUGCAGAAUUGUACUUGAUACUUAAGUCACACUAGUCAUUUAUUUAUCUGAACACAUAAAUAUUGGUACAAAGAGGAACAGAAUACAUAUGCGCCACACAAGUCACUUGAUUUGCGUGCGGUCUGUUAUACUACCCGGGUGCCCAGACCGAAGCAGGUGGUUUUCUUAGGGGCCACACCCGGAGCCUUCGACCUAAAGAUCUGAUCUACAAGACAGUGGAGCAACGUAAGGAGACGCAGAACCAUGGUAGCCGGUGACCAACGAUUGGUUUAUACUCCAUUUGUUCCUUCAGGAUCAUGGAGCCCAUGUGCACCAUUGGUUUGGAAUGAGGGUUUUCUAACUCCCCUUAGUAGAUACCCCGUAUCCACCAACCCGGUUAGAGUGCCAGGCAUUCACUUAUCGUCCUCUCAACUUCGUAAACAAUACCCGCACCACGAUAAGGCAAUGAAUAGGACUUCCCUGGUAGUGGCUGUAUACGCGUGGCCAUCUGAGGGCAUUUCGAGAGGGAAAGCUGACUCUCCAUACCUUGGCCGUCCCAGGGCAUUUGGUGGCUAUUACUUUGAUGACGCUGGUCCAGUGGUUGAGGUGUUUAACAUUCAGCCACCAAGUCACAGGCUCAGGUCCCGAUCCAUCUACUUCGGUUUGGGUUGUCAGUAGCACCAAUAACCCCCACACUUCGAGUGUAACUCGGAACCAAAUACUAAUCUGUCUGCUAAACGCGUUAAGAUUUUUAAAGAAAUGCUCACUGCUCAUUCUUCCAUACUAUUAUUCUAGAACAAUAUCUCAACAUUUAUCAUAUCGUUGAAUAGUUUGGAAUACAAUAGUGCAUAUUCGUAACUAGGUUUCAUAUUUUGCUUGGACCUAUUUGGCAUUUAUGGUUGAUAAUGUGUUUUCUGAAUAUUAUUACGAUAACCUUCGCUCUGAGAUUUUUCAGAAACUUACUAUUAGCAAUAUCGUGUACGACAAACUCAUAAUGCAGCUACAUAAAGUUUUUGGAAUAUGCUGAAUAUAUAUAAAUUAAAUUGUAAUCUUCCAUUCCCAUCUGUAAGCAGUUUAGUUAAUCGUUUCUUAAAGCGAAAAUGCUGUUCAAAGUUCAUACUGCAAUUAUUAAACUGCUGAACAAGAAAUGUAAAGAGAUACAAUUGAAAAAAUCUGUUAACUGCAAGAAGUUAUCUUGUAUAAAUAACAGAUGGUUUAAAUAUCAAACUAUAAACGGCUAUGUAUAAUCAUAAAUCACACCAUUCAUAUUUCUUAUUACCAUAGGCUUUUCAUACUAACUGUUCAACUUUUUUUCUACACUAAGCGAAAACACUUAAAAAGUUCAUAACUCCUUUUUUAUUUGACCGUACGUAAGAUAUAAACGAUUCAUUCGGACCCAACUUAAAUAUGUGGUCGACUGAAGAUUGACAGCCUUACUUAUUGACUUACUUAUCUUACCGAGUACUCCAUAUUUCGUUGUUGUAUGAAAUACGACCAAUUAUAUAUGUUCAGCAUGGAUUAAAUGUCAACGAUCUUGUGCGUUCAGCGCAUUAUUAUUAUCUCUGUCCUACUAAUAAUACAACCAAGCGUAAAAAUAUAAGUCGAUAAAUAGAUAAACCAGUCUGUAUAUUCGGAACUCGCUCGAAUACAGACUAGGUUUCAAAUAUCAUACUGUUCUGUAAGGAUGCUUAACAGGGCACUUUAACAUUUUAAUUCGGAGCACCCAGCAUUCUCCUCCAAUACCAGUACGUCCUUUACGUGUUGAACAUCAAUUUAGUGACUCAUAAAGAAAGGCGAAGCUAGUACCAGACUCAUAUUCCUAUAUAAUAAACACAUUUUCCACUUCUUAUUUUGUAGGUUGGUGCUUGACCGGCUUAAUUCUAAAGUAAUGAGACAAGUUAGUUAGCCACUUAACUGCCUGUAGCACCAUACCUAUCUUCCUAAGACUGUUAUUUGAAGCGAGAAAAGUAGUUUCCAUAGAUAAUGCCCAAGGCAUGCAAUCCGCACUUAAUCAGUUGGCAAUCAGUGUCCGUAG